AUGACCGCCGCCGCCGCCGCCGGCGGCAACAACGGCACAGCCGCAAGCAAAUCUCUGAAAUCGCCGAAGCAGAAGGAGCUGCAGGGGCUGCUAUUAGACCGGUACGACGUCGGAAAGGUCAUCGGCCACGGGACCUUCGCGAAGGUGUACCACGCGAGGAACGUGAAGACAGGUGAGGGCGUGGCGAUAAAGGUCACCGACAAGGAGAAGAUCUUGAAAGUUGGUCUAAUGGCGCAAAUCAAGCGCGAGAUCUCGAUCCUGCGGCGCGUCCGCCACCCAAACAUCGUGCAAUUGUUCGAGGUGAUGGCGACCAAGUCAAAGAUCUUUUUCGUGAUGGAGUUCGUCAAGGGCGGCGAGCUCUUCAGCAAGGUGGCCAAGGGCCGCCUCAAGGAGGAGGUGGCGCGGAAGUACUUCCAGCAGCUGAUCUCCGCGGUGGCGUUCUACCACGCCCGCGGCGUCUACCACCGCGAUUUGAAGCCGGAGAACAUCCUCCUCGAUGAGGACGACAACCUCAAGGUCUCCGACUUCGGAUUGAGCGCGAUUCCUGAGCAGGUGGUGGUGGUGGUGGUGGUCGGAGGAGGAAUGGAGGUGGUGGUGGUGGUGGUGGUCGGAGGAGGAAUGGAGGUGGUGGUGGGACCCACUACAAAAUAAAAGAAAAAAAUAAAAAAAAUUCAAGGAAAUGGUGUUAGACGUCCGUUUUCUUCGUGGGUUAAGUUGCAUAUUUUUUAUGUACUAUAGGGGAGGUAUUUGCACCAAAGUCGAGUGUGGGGGGCUAAACGCUCUAGGGGGGUCUACUUUAGGGACUAAUCUGCACCUUUACCCUUAAUUAAAACAACACAAUAAAUUAUUAAUACUUUUUCACAAUUCCCAAUACACUUUACAACCUUUUCUCCACUCUCAAUACACUAUACAACAUUUUAUUAAAACCCGUGCCACUCCCUCCUAGGAAGUUCUUUCAUGGACGGAGGGAGUAAUAAUAAUAAUAAUAAAUAGUAAAAUAAUAUUUAGUAAUUAAUAUAAUAAAAAAUAAUAAUUGAAAAUAAUAAAA